UAAUCGGUGGAACACUAUUACCGAUUACUUGCAUGUAAGUUCAGCACACGUGCAACAAUACACGCUUCAUAACUCGAUUACCAAAUAUUGACUUGGCUUACGUAUCUGAUCAUCUGACCGUGCCUAACUAGUCUAGCUACACAACAGUUCAUCCGAGUUACGAACAUCGGUUGUUACGUCACACCUCGUGUCGUGUCCGUGGUCGUCUCGAGACGUGUGAGUCGGCUUCUAACGUCAAUGAAUAACGAUGGAAGUGAUCGAUUGUAUUCCGUGCAGUGGCGAGCGCGGGCGCGGCGACUGCCCGACCAAUCUCGUGUUGUACAAAUAAUGUUUAGUGUUUACAUAACAAGCGGUGCACUGCGCGACUGAGCGUCCUACAUCACGCGCCAGUACCGACAGUGCCAUGGGGGGCUCGAGGCUGGCUCCUUCCAGGAUAUACUGUGUACUGUUCUGCACCAUCAUCAAGGCCGUCAUCAGCACCGGCCUCGGCAAGUGCCCCGUCUACCCGCCGCUGCCAAACUUCGACAUACAGCGGAUGACAGGCACUUGGUACGAAGUGGAGAGAUCGUUCUACCUGGUGGAGCUGACGGCGAGCUGCACGGAGCUUCACCUCACACUCAACGAGAGGGGAUACUUCCUCAUCACUAUUAAUACGGUCAACAAAUGGACCAACAACCCAUCAACAACGUAUGGCAUCGGCAUCCCGAGCCACAACGCGUCGUCAAUCUUCCGCUACAAGCUGAACAACCGCGUGCCGUACGUCAUCGGGCGACUGCUGCCCGGCGCCGGCGUCUACAACAUCCUCUUCACAGACUACGACCAGUUCGCCAUCGUGUGGUCCUGUACCAGCGUCAGUAUUGCACAUUCAGAUCACAUCUGGGUGCUGGGUCGGCGGCGUGAGAUCGAGGCUCCGGUACGCGCGCAGAUAUACGCCAUCAUGGAGGAGCUGCGGCUCGACCCCGACAGACUCAUUAUAUCUAAGAACAACAACUGUACCAACAUCUCUGAUAAUAAAGUUUAGAAUAGUUCAUACAUUUAUUCUCUCUUUGCAAUUCAGAUCCAGAGUACAAAAAUUUAAACAAAA